UCUGCCUUUCCUCAACAUUCUGUCCUCUCUCUCUCCUUUCUUCAUUCAUAAAAAUGGAGGUUCCAAGAGCUUCAUUUGUAGCCAUGACCAUUGUCGCUCUCAUCUUCGCCGUUGUUUUCCCUGCCGCUGUGGCUGAUUCCACUGCUCCUGCUCCAGCUCCGGCUCCCACCAGUGACGGGACAUCAAUAGAUCAAGGGAUAGCAUAUGUGCUAAUGCUGGUGGCUCUGGUGCUCACAUACCUCAUUCACUGAAUUUAUUUAUGGACAUCUCAAUAUUUUAAAUCCCCUGCAAAGUUGUUCUGAGAGAGAGAGAAAGUAUGAAUAGUGAUUGGCUUGUUAAUAGGAGGUGUUUUCAUUUAUUAGGGAGGAAAAGGAGGUGAAUUGAAUUCUUCUGUAGGUGGGGUUUUGUUGGUGUUGCACAUUUUGAUUAUAGGGUAUUUUGAUUGUAGGGGCUCAUUCCAUUCUUUAUUGGUGUCAACACUUGCUCUUAUUUAGUUAUUUUUUUUUUUAAUAAUUUUUUUUUAUUUUUAAAAGUAAACACUCACAAUCAUUAUCCACAUGUCCAAAAUCAUCCCAUUGGACUAGAGACUAUCUGGGGUUAAUGUUUUCCUUUUGCAUGUUUUUUAUUAUUAAUAAAAAUUAAAGCUAGUUACAAAAUAUAU